CGAUGCCAGCUUUCGUUUGCUCUGCUGAAAGCCUUGGCUGAUCGUUUCAUCACAGAUGUGUGGUGAUACUAGUAGAGCACAGCAGUUGGGAGGAUUUCCGUGACGUUGUUACGGUACCGGUACUAUUAGUAGUGCCUGAAGGGUUGGCACACAGUAUCCACGGCUGAAUGCACGUCUGACUACCAGAAGCCAAAGGUCGAACCACAAAAACAACCCCCGCCAAACAGACACUGGCACAGGGACGCCAUGUCGAACGAACAGCAAUCAUCCAACAGAAGUCACCCGCAAAGGAAGCAGAGAAGGUCACCCCUAGUAUUGGACUUGGAGACUGGAGACCCAGACGACCUUUUCACUCUGAUGUUGGCUGCAGCACAUCCAAAACUCAACUUGUUGGCUGUGACCAUUACCCCAGGCAGUCAAGACCAGAUUGUCCUCGUCAAGUAUAUUCUGGAAUCUGUUUUGGGUCUAGCAGAAGCGAAACAGGUUUUAGUGGGUGCUCAAGAAUGGCCCAGAAACCAGAAGAAAAAGAAGUGUGUUGACUUGGAAAAAUGGACCGCGAUACUGCACCCCAAUACCAGCCACAAUGAGGAUGAGCAACAAAGGACAGAGCGAGAUCCUGUCAAAACCAAGAAAAAGUCCAAAAAAGGAAAGAAGGAAUCAGGGAUCCGCACUGACAAGAGCGCCAAUAUCGCCUUCAAACCAACGGGUCAAGUUUCCGAAUGGGACAUCCAGCCAGCGCGGGAGCUCGUGGCAGCAAUCUGCCACGACCAUCCUGAAGUCACUCUUCUGACAUGUGGCCCAACUCACAACCUAGGAGCUGCAAUUGCAGCAGGCGCCAAAAUUCAUCGUUGGGUAGCCCAAGGAGGAUUCUGCGGCAGCAAUUUUGUAGAUGCGGGUGUUGUCCCUAGUGUCUUCCCAAAGUUCGAAGGCCUCACUCAUGUCGCAUCUUGGAACUUUGGUGGUUCUAUUGAAGCAACUUUGGCUGCUCUGCAAGCAGGCGAAGAAGUUGUUGCCAGGCGUGUUCUAGUUGGAAAGAAUAUAUGCCAUGCAUGUACCUACGAUGAAUAUGUGGAUGGCCGCUUGAAAGAGUUCUUGGCAGAUUCCCAGAGCAGGGGACGAAACAAAAAGGAAACCAAAAACAAAGCUGGAGCACACCGCAAGGCUGUACAGUGGCUGAACGAAAUUUUGACGGCCAAGUACCAAACCGAUGGAAUUAUCACCAACCGAAAAGCCCUUCAUGACCUCUUGGCUUUGGCGACGACGAUUGACGAGUCCGUGUGCCAACUGGUAGAAGUUCAGGUCGAUGUGGUGGAUGGUAACAAGUGGGGGGCGAUGCCUGUGGAAGAACCUGGGAAAACCAGGACAUUCGCCGCCAUCGCCUUUGACAGAGAGAAAUUCGUAGAUGCAUUGUUGGUUUAGAAUCUGAUGAAGUACGGUAUCUUUCAACCAACACCGCCCAAUGCUUUUUGUAGCAGAUCUGCUCUUCCCUCGUUUCUCGCGUCAUUAUCUCACUGGAAUCCUUUAUAACCAGUGCGACGGCCCCUCCUGGGACGGCCCCUCCUGGGACGGCCCCUCCUGUCUCCUCUCUUGUGUUUCCAAAGUCCUCAUGUACAACCCGACACCGUACAUCUUGGGACCGGGUACGAUGUACUGUACCGAUACCAGCCUGGGAGCUUCCAAAACACUUCGAACCUUGGCUGGCUUAUGCAGGUUUAGAUUGCAUUUUUAAAAUAAUAUUGUGUUUUUGACGG